GCGCCAUGUUCUAGGAGGGCUAGAUUUCACUAGGGCGCUCUCGAGGCAGCGAAGAACAGCACAGCGCGAUGAAGAACACCAAGAACACCAACAACAAAUCCACGGUAAAUGUCCAGGGACGGGUUUCCACAACCCGGAACUCGAAUUCCUCCGUUCUUGGAUGCCGCCGGCUUGUUCAGCGAGCUCCAGGAUGACGAGGUAGGCCGCGGCCAUGGAGACAACGCUCGAAACGGCCUCGAAAUCCAUGGAUUUCCGGCCAUCGGGCAGAGGAAUCCCCUGGAGCGCGAGGAUUACACGGCGUGGCCGUCGCUCCCCGGGGCUUGCGAAUUCCGGGAGAAAUCGUGCUCCUGGGCGGCAGAAUCGUGCCCCUGGCAGGGAAAUUUCGGGAGAUCCACGUCCAGGUUUAGUCUCGGUGACUCGCAGUGGCCAUCGCUCGCUCCGCGGCAACAAGAGAGGUUUAGCGGCGUUUUAGAGCGUAAUUCCCUGGCUACUCGCAUCGCGGAUGAGCGCGAGGAUAUUCUAGGCACCAAAGGUCCCACUCAGCAAAGCCACCAACAGCUGGGAGGAGAAGAUGAAAGAAAUGGAGGAGAUGGAUUCUCGCUAGCAGGGAGGAGACUUGGAAUUGAGAGUGGUGGUAGCAGUGGCAAAGGAUGGAUGCGGCUGCCUCCCAUUCUCAUGCCUUCUUCGCACCAGCAGCAGCAGCAAAAGAGGUGUCGCCAAGCUGCCUUUGACAACUCUUCCAAUCCAUCAUCGCCGGAGGAGCCGAAUGGUUUUGCGAGCCGAGAUGCUGGGAAGGGGGCCCCGUCCGCGCCACCACCACCACCAUCCGGCUACUUGCCCCCUGUCUAUCUCAUGCUCAACAAGGACUUCGUCGUCAUCUCGCCGCUGAAGGAGAAUCUGCUGCUCACGCUAGCUCUUGCGGAGCACAGGAGACCCUCUACCCCUCCAAGCUUCGACGAGGCAUCUUCCGCGGCGGAUUUGUUCGAGACAUCGCCGGAAGUAACAGAAGUAGCACGAGUUGCUGCUGCUGCUGCUACUGCUACUGCUACUACUGCUGUGGGAGAUGCCAAGCGCAGGCAAGUUUUCGUUGGAAGGUUUGAGGCGUUCUCGUCCUUCGUGAAAUUCGGGCUGGGACGAGAUGCCAUGCGCGUGGCCACUGAAAGCAAUGCCGGGGGAACUUCUACCAUCUCUGAGUGGUUUCUGGCGAUGGACUCCUCGUGCAUGCAGUCCCUCUCGGUGGAGUAUUUCGUGAGGAAGUUCAAAGCCACGGACGUGGUGACGGAGAUGGAGGUGGAGUACUGCGCCAUGAACUGGAAGAAGGUGGAUUACAUUUGCAACCUGUAUGGCCAGAGAGUCGGAGUUUCGGUCACCAGGGCGAUGUCUUACCCGAAUCCAGAAGACUUCUCCCCGCAGAUGGCUUACAGGCUGCUCUACAAGAAACUCUUUGGACUGGUAAGAGCGAAAUUUUUCUACUCUUGGAACUUUGCUAAAUCUCAUCCCGCACAGGUUGUGGCGAGGCAUGGAGUGACGGACAGGCACAGCUUCUCCCAGUGUGUUCUUCAUGUGUGGUGCGAGACGACGACCACUGCAAAGCUUCUCCAGGCCCAGUACAAAGAGGUUUCCGAGGAGCUAGACAUCACGGACGAUGUAAUAAUGGUGCUCACAGUAGCCGAAGGCUGGCAUGCCCGCCCGAUCUUCUACGAAUCGUGCUUGGUUAGAGACUAACUUUGCAUAAUUUAUGUUGGAUUUUCACUGCAAAAUUUUCUUACCUCUGAGAUGAUCUUUC